UUUACUCUUUUUUUGAUAGCAAAUCCAAUUUAAAAAACAGUAUUAUAAAAGUAUGGUAUAAAAGCGAAUAAAUAUGGCAAGCGACAUAUUAAAUAUAGUCCACCCACUUGAUCCACGUAGUAACAUUGCAAAAUUAGGAGAUUAUGAUCCAACAAAAUACGCAAUCGCAUAUGUCUCGCCAACAUUCCGCACGGAUGAGUCCCUCACACCCAACCGGACCCCAACCCUCACUCAACGCAGCAUCGGAAUGUACUUGCGCCCGACCUGCAGAAAAUUGGAUGAAUCACCACCCAAACCUACAAUCGGAGAGUUGCCAGAUUCUGUGAUAGAUCGGAUGGUGAAAAAGGACAAGGCGUUCUGGGUGGACCCACCUGGAAAAAAUGCUUAUGUCCUGCAUGACGCUUACUAUAGAUAUGGUAUGACGACUGAGAAGAUACUGCCACCCCACCAAGACGUGUUUCCUCGAUCAUACCAAUACGACCUCGAUUGCGUGAAGUUCCGGCGUUAUCACGCUUGCGACGGCUUGAAGCAGACUGAAGGAGAAAAGAAACCAGUGAGCGUACAUUGUCGCGAUUGCCGUCGUAUGAAGGUCCCUGGACUGACACCGUUCCAACUGGCCUGGGCGCAAGAUGCUGGCCAGAAGAGAUGGAGGAACUAUCCAGACCUGACGGCUAAAAAUACGAAAGAGGAAAUACAAAAAAUGAUGGUUGAAGUUGGUCGUCCAUAUCGGCACGAAGCUUGCAGCUGGUACAAUGAAAACUACCCCUCAGUGAAAUAUGAUUUUAUUAUCCGAAAAUUUUCUAAGUAGCUAGCUUUAAUAAUUACUUUUACUUAGAUACUGAAUAAAUGUUAAUUUGUAGUAA